GCAUCAUCACAGAAAUAACUCAACCAACUGAUUGGGUGAAUUCAAUUGUUGUCAAAGAAAAGCCAAACGGAAAACUAAGGAUAUGCCUUGAUCCCAGGGAUCUGAACAAUGCAUUGAAGCGCGACCAUUAUCCAACUCCAACCCUUGAAGAGAUCACACCAGCACUGGCCGGUUCCAAGGUGUUCAGCAAGCUGGAUGCUAGCAAUGGAUAUUGGAACAUCAAAAUAGACCAAGAGUCAUCAAUGCUCACCACUUUCAACACGCCAUUUGGCAGAUUCAGAUUCAACAGGCUCCCAUUCGGGCUGAAGGUGAGUCAAGAUGUCUUCCAGCGGAAAAUAGAUGAAACAUACAAAGGCUGUAAAGGGGCAAUCGGGAUAGCAGAUGAUAUCCAAGUAUACGGCAGAGAUGAAAACACGCAUGAUUACAACCUCCAUGAGGCUAUGGAAAAAACUCGAAGAGCCGGCAUAAAGCUCAAUGCAGACAAAUGCAUGAUCAAAGAAAGGGAGUGCAAAUUCUUUGGACUGAUUUACUCUGCAGAAGGAGUGAAACCGGACCCUACAAAAGUGGAUGCUAUCAACCACAUGGAGGAACCCAAAGACAAGAAACAGCUAAGAAGUUUCCUAGGGCUCAUACAAUACAUGGGAGUCUUCAUACCUAAGCUUGCUAAUCACACAGCAAAUCUCCGUGAAUUGAUGAAAGACGACGCUGAGUUUGAUUGGUGUGCUUCACAUAGCCAAGAUUUAAAAAAAAUAAAACAACUCAUCAGCAAAGAAACGAUCCUGCAGUACUAUGACAGGCAGAAACCUGUAACACUCCAAGUUGAUGCCUCCAUGAGAGGAGUUGGAGCAGUACUGAUACAAAAUGGCCGACCUAUUGCGUAUGCAUCCAAAGCACUCACUCCUACAGAAUCAAGGUACGCAAACAUAGAGAGAGAACUCUUAGCAGUAGUCUAUGGCUGCGAGAAAUUUCACACUUACCUAUAUGGAAGGUAUUUCGACAUUGAAACAGACCACCGCCCUCUAGAACAAAUCGGAAAAAAAAACCUCACCAAAGCACCAGCCAGACUACAGAGACUAUUACUGAGGCUACAGCACUACGACUACAACAUCAGAUACAAGCCAGGAAAAGACCUGCUGCUAGCUGACGCCCUCUCCAGACUAUCAACACAUGACAAACAAGAGAUGGAAGGGCUGAGCAUAAAGAUCCACCACAUUGUGAGUGUGACAAGCGUGAAGCUGGAACAGAUCAAAGAGGAAACAGCCAGAGAUGAAGAACUCCAGCUCCUCACCCAAAUGGUAAUACAGGGGUGGCCAGAAAAGAGACAACAAGUUCAGCCUCUCCUCCGCGAAUACUGGACCAUCCGUGAUGAUAUUUCGGUAGAGAAUGGAGUCCUGAUGGCCGGAUCACGAAUCAUCAUACCCAAGUCCAUGCAAAAAGAAAUCCUUGAAAAGAUCCACCAGGGACACUUAGGAAUGGAAAAGUGCAGACUCCGUGCUAAAUCCGCUGUGUACUGGAUAGGCAUGUACAAGGACAUAGAAAAGCUGGUAUCUACAUGCCACAUAUGCCAAAAAUACAGGAAUUCACAACAGAAGGAGGAAAUGACACCCAGUGAUAUCCCAAGCCGGCCAUGGCAAACCAUCGGAGCAGACCUGUUCACAGAGAACCAGCAAUGGUAUUUGAUUAUGGCCUGCUACUACUCCAAAUUCCCAUUUGUGAGAAACGUAAAGGAUUUGAAAGCUAAAACAAUUGUGUCAAUUGUUAGAGGGUUGUUUGCAGAGCAAAGAAUACCUGAGCAGAUCGUAUGUGACUAUGGAACCCAAUUCACAUCUCGGGAAUUCAGAGAGCUAGCCACCGAAUACGGGUUCAAAAUCACAACAUCUUCACCACAUUACCCAAAGGGCCAUGGGUUUAUUGAAAGGCAAGUACAGACAGUCAAGAAAACACUAAUAAAAUGCCGAGAGGCAAAGGAGGAUCCAAACCUGGCACUUUUAUCCUUACGGGCAACUCCACUAAAGGCUGACAUGAAGUCUCCUGCAGAAAUGCUAAAUGGCAGGAAAUACAAAACCACCCUGCCAAGCAAAAUCCAACCCCCUAUCGACCAAGAAGAAAUAAGGGCAAAAUUGGCAGCUGCCCAGGAGGAGGGGCUGAAACAAUACAACAAAAAUGCACAGUACUUGCCUGAACUAUUUCAAGGCCAAAACGUACAUGCUCAGGAUCCAACAACAAAGAAAUGGACCCCAGCACAAAUCACCAGCAGGGCUGGAACCCCAAAAUCAUAUAUCAUAGAGACAGAACCGGGCAGGCAGUUGAGACGAAACAGAAUUCACAUCCGCCCGACACCUGAAAUGUCAACACCUGCAACUUCAAAGACAACACCAGCAACUCCUAGGACACCACCCACAGCAGCAGCAACACCUACCAUUGAUGACAACACAUUCUCACAAACUGCUACCAGUGAGUCAUAUAGUCAACCAGCACCAACCAAUGGCCAGGAAACAACUCAACAAGUUACCAAUACAUCGAGUGCAACACUGCAGGCAACAACCAGAUCUACUAGAUCCAGGAGCAACAUCUUACCCCCAGCGCGUUAUCGCUAGCACUGGAAGGGACAAGUCACGCCAAGACAUGACUCUUGACUGGCUACGCACUACCUGAAAGAAAACAAGCUGCCAUUAUAUAUUUUGUUGUGUAGUAUAUUAGAAAGCAUUCCAUUAUAUAUUUUGUUGUGUAGUAUAUUAGAAAGCAGAAUGCCACGAAUGUGGGCAGAAUAAUCCCACGGUAUCUGCUACAGGAUUGCCACCCUCGCUCUGGCAAUCCUCUAGUGUUACAAACUAACUUAGAUAUUUUACUAAUUUUUGUUCCUUUCUUUUGAGAAGGGGGGAUGUUACAUAUGCUACAUAUUCAUUGUAGCAGUCCCAACCUCCUGCACUACUUUGUAACAGGCACACUCACCACACACACACACACACACACUGUGAUUAGGUAUGUAAGCACUUUAGUAUUACUACGCCACACAGACAAAGGAGCUGAAUAAAGGAGUACAAUAAGGCAACUGAAACAACCUGAAUUGUGUCGUUUAUUAUCAGGAUAUCAAACACGAAGACGCAACAGGUAGUCUUGCUAUUGAGAGAGUGCAGCGUAGGCUCACCGGGUUAAUUCCCGGAAAUGCUGGCCUGUCAUAUGCUGAAAGACGCGGCUGGGCUUGUAUACUCUGGAAUUUAG